AUUUUUUAGUAUAUUUUGUUAUUGAUGAACGGUCACCUGUAUGUAUCACAGCUAUAAACAAAUCCUGAAAAUUCGACAUUUCUGCAAAUAUGAAGUAAAUAGCAUUGCUGUUGAAUGAUAUAAAUUCAUGCUGUCAAUAAGUGAAAUUGAAUUGAUAGCAAUCUUUAACGAAUGGACAAAUCAACAGGAGACGAAAGUGCUAAGCAGCCGGCUCUACGCAAACGAAUUGGCCGGCCGCCCAAGGUCAACGCCCAAGAGUCUGAAUUAAUUGAGGAGAUGGAAUCGCCAGCCGAGGAGCGCACUUCGUCGACUUCGCCAACAAAUUGCCGGCGAAGCACGCGUAAGAAAAUUGUAAAGUUCGACGUGCUCGAUGUACUCAACAAGAGUCGCAAAACUCACAAAAUACAAAUCGAGGCAAGAAUUGAUUCUAAUGCACCAACAACAACCACAGCGUCCACAACACAUUUAGCAACGAGCUCGUCUACUGUGGCAAUCCCAGCAAUUGAGGUCAAUCGGUUGUUUACCCCACGCCCGCCUCUGCCUGCAAUUUCGCCAUUGCUUUCGCUGGAUAUGUUUACCAAGCCGAAGCCGACGCCCAGCUUGAUUGUUGCCCAGGUGAGCAGUGAUAAGACGCCUACUACCAGUCAGCAACAGCAGCUGCAGCAACAUCAGCAGCAACAGCAGGUGCUGCGUAAACGUGGACGUCCGCGCAAAGCACAAUUCACAGAUAAUGCAACUGAAGCUGAUUGCUCUAAAUUGAGCACAAACUUGGCAAGCAGCAAGGAACAAGCCCUUUCUUCAAGACGGCAAUCCUCUGACUCGGAUGAGUCUCUAAAGGGUUUCAACAUCAUUGUAGAAGAUGCAACCAAUGCUGAAGCAGUUUCUGAGGAUAACGAAGAACUAGACGGAACCAUUGAAGUAAUUGAGACAGAGAUUAUAACCGUGGCUUCCGAUGAGGAUUCAGAUUCACAAAUUAUAUUUGUGGAUAUCGAAACGACAAAGUUGGAAACUGAAGCAGACACUGAAACUGUCGAAGAAGCCGAAAAUGAAGAAAUAGUUAAGUCCACUGAGCCAACUCACAACUUUAAACUAAUUUUUCCCAAUAAGGAGACAGAUGUCGCUCAGGAAGUCACCAUUGAGGAGGAAGCGCCAGCUGGGGAUGUUGAUGAAAAAGAACUAUUAGCUGAAUUGCAAAGUGAUACGGAACAGCUUUGGUUUACGGAAGAUGACAUCGUUGAGAGAGCACAAGAAGCGCAAGAUGAGAAGCCCCAAAAGCAACUAAAGACAGCAACGGAGCAAAAAUCAAGCACUGAAGUAGUAGUAGCUAGUCAAGGUUUUAUGGAAGACUUAAUGGAAAAAGAGACUCCAGUGCAAUGCAGUGUGGUAGAGACUACGCCUACUUCUGAAGCAUCUAACAAGUCGUCCAAAUCAGAUAUAAUUGAAGAUGCGCCACAGCUGCGGGCACAGGAGAAACUAUAUGAGAGUAUGGAUACAGAGGUAAAGAUUGAGUUGCGGGAAGAAGUCAAGGAAGAACAGGAAUUGUCGGAAACAAACGAAGAUAAGGAUAAGUUCAAGAAAGAGCUGCAACAGGAAAUCAACGUAGAAGCAGAGCUCUCAUUGCCAAACGCUUCAGCCAAGAUAGAGAACGAAGAUGCGGAUAACGUUGAGGAUGAACUGCAAAAGGAAGUCAACAUGAAUAAGGAAGUCUCGUUACCAAAGUCUUCUGCCAUACACGAGUACAACCCUGAACCAAAGGCAGCUGUAGAAGCAGCAGAACAACUAGAAACUAGUGUAAUUCCAGGCUCUGUAAAUGAACCUGUCGAAAAGAUGAAAAACGUAGAGGCCCCUUCGUCUAGUGCAAUAGCCCUCUUCGAAUUGGAAUCUCUGAGGCGCGCUGCUAAAGCCACAGGCAUUGAGUUAAAGCUUCCGAUGACAAUGGAGAAACUUCUAAGUGCCAAUUCUGCAACAGAGUCAGCAAAUGCCUACGAAGCGAAGAUGGACGAAAGUAAGAAACAGCCAAGCUUAGACAUAAGAGAAGCAUCGCCAGUAAAGCUCGAGAAGAUGGAGUUACCUGCAAAGCAACUGCAGCAGCAGCCAGAUGCAGUGAAAGCCGCAGAAACAAGUACAGAUCACGUAGAAGAAAUAACGACAGAAACUAGAAUCGAUGUCGCUGAGCCACUCCCAAAGCUAAAGUCAACCAAAUCCUCUUCAGAAGAGCUCAAGUCAGAAUUGGGUAAUGCAAAACCAACUGCUGUUGAAAAGAGGAGGACAAAUGACAGUCCCAUGUUAGAGAAGCCCUCAACCUCUAACGCCGCUUUCGUAGAGUGCGAUGCACUCUUUAAGGUCUUGGACAAAGCGCAAGCACAGAUGCGCUAUGAAGAGAAGGCCAGAAAGAAGUCUAAGCUGGCCACCAAGAAGCAGUCAACCGAACACUUGCCGGAACGCUCCACGCCACAGUCUCGUGCGAAAAAGCAGCCGGCAAAGGAAGGCAGCCGCCGCAACACAAUUUGCGAGGAGCGUCACGAGGACGUGCAGUUGCCUUUGGGCAGUAAACGUCGCAACUCUGUGCAUCCCUUCAAGUCAACGUUGAGUCCAGAGCGAGCUACGGACUCAGAACAGAAGCCAAGCAGCAGCAGUAGCAGAAAGAAAUCAGCUCAAAGGAAGCCAACACGCAAGGCAACAAGAACAAAGCAAAUGCCCAGCAGUCAGGAUUCGCUGGAUUCCAGUUCGAGCUCCUCAACAAGAGCUGGCGAGUUGCCUAGUCGCAGCUUGCCGACGCCCACUUCCGAGCUAGAGGCAUCCAACCCACUACACGACAUAGCCAAAUUCAUAGAGGAUGGCGUCAAGCUGCUUGAACGCGACUACAAAGUGGAGGAUGAGCAGCAGCAGCAGCAACAGCAGCAACAGCAUUCACAGGAGGAGGCAACUGAAGAUGAGUUAGCACAGCGUGUGGCUAAUCUGGAAACACCAGCCAAUACGCCAGCUCCAUCACCUGUUGGCAGCACAGAUGAUCUGUCCGCGGGUGUGCGACGCUCGCAUCGCAUCAAGCAGAAGCCGCAAGGUGCCAAAGCGAGCUUAGGUCGUGGUAGCAGCACCCAAACGCCCACUAUUAGCAUGGAGCAACAGCUAAGUGAGCUUGCCCACAUUGAUGCCAUCAAUGAGCAGUUCCUGCGCCAGGAGGGCCUCAACACAUUCCAAACCCUGCGGGACAAUUACUAUCGUUGCGCGCGCCAGGUGAGCAAAGAGAAUGCGGAAAUGCAAUGCGAUUGCUUUGUCACCGGCGACGAGGAGGGACAGGGGCAACUGCGCUGCGGCGAUGGCUGCAUCAAUCGCAUGCUUAUGAUCGAGUGUGGUCCGCUGUGCACUUAUGGUGAUCGCUGCACGAAUAAACGAUUCCAGCAGCAUCAGGGCUGGCCCUGUCGAGUCUUUCGCACGGAGAAGAAGGGCUGCGGUAUCACAGCCGAGUUGCAAAUACAACCUGGGGAGUUCAUCAUGGAGUAUGUGGGUGAGGUGAUCGACAGCGAGGAGUUCGAACGUCGCCAGCAUCUCUACUCGGAAGAUCGCAAUCGGCACUAUUACUUCAUGGCGCUGCGUGGCGAGGCAAUCAUCGAUGCGACUACGAAGGGCAACAUCUCUCGCUACAUCAAUCACAGCUGCGAUCCAAACGCGGAGACACAAAAGUGGACGGUCAAUGGAGAGCUGCGCAUUGGCUUCUUUAGUGUGAAGACCAUCAUGCCUGGCGAGGAAAUCACAUUCGAUUAUCAGUAUCAACGCUAUGGACGCGAUGCUCAGCGCUGCUAUUGCGAGUCGGCCAAUUGUCGCGGCUGGAUUGGCAACGAGCCGGAAUCAGAUGAAGGCGAGCAGCUCGAUUCGGAGACCGAAAGUGAGCCCGAGUCACUAAUAGAGGAGCUGCGUCCAGAGCAGGAGCCAAAGGUCAAAACGCCCAGAAGUAAAUCUAAAAAGCAACUUAAACUGCCAACGGCACGAAAACAGCGCAAAGAACAGCCCAAGCCUAAGGAUCGCGAAUACAAGGCUGGCCGCUGGCUGCGUCCUACGGGCGGCGUUGGAGGCGAGAAGUCAGCAACGCGUAAACUCGAUCAGCUUGAAGAUACAGAUGUGCUCGAACAGUUGACGCUGCUCAGUCGAAGUGGACUCAAGAAUCAGCUCGACACAUUGCGCCUAUCGCGUUGUAUGGUGCGUGCCAAGCUGCUGCAGAGUCGCCUUCAGCUGCUGGGCGUGCUAACGCGUGGCGAGCUGCCAUGUCGUCGGCUCUUCCUCGACUACCACGGGCUGCGCCUGCUGCACGCCUGGAUCAGCGAGAGCGGCAAUGAUAAGCAGCUUCGUCUUGCGCUGCUUGAGUCACUCGAAUCGCUGCCCAUACCGAACAGAACGAUGCUCAAUGACAGUCGCAUCUAUCAGAGCGUGCAGCUAUGGGGUAACCAGUUAGCUCAGCCAGCAGAGGCAGCAUCGGAGCCAGCACAACCGCAAACGGACGAGGAGGAGUCAGUGCGCCAACGCAUUGGCGCCCUGCUACAAAAGUGGAAUGGCCUGCCCGAAAUCUUUCGCAUACCCAAACGUGAACGCAUCGAACAGAUGAAGGAGCACGAACGGGAGGCAGAUCGCCAACAACAUCUGCCCACUGCGCUAGGGGACAGUAACAGCGCCUCCUCCGUGCUAAGCACCGAUCGUUAUAGACAAGAUAGAUUUAGGCGCGACACGAGCAGCCGGUAUGAGAAGUCCAAGCCGCCAACUCGAAUGAGCGGCAACAAUACCAUCUGCACAAUCACCACACAGCCCAAAGAAUGGCCAGGCUCCACGGAGAGCAGCAGCGGCAUCAAGCCUGAGAGCCGACGGCGUUCGGAGUUUGAUCCGCGCCGAACUAUAUCCAAGGAGCUGCGGCGAUCGCUAUUUGAGAGAAAGGUGGCCCAGGAUGAGGCGGAAAAGCGUGUUGGCAGCGAGGAUUGGCGAGAGCACGAGCUGCGCUGCGAAUACUUUGGGGCAGAUUUGAACACAGAUCCAAAGCUGCUGCCAUUUUACCAUAACACGGAGACCAAUGAAUGGUUCAACUGCGAGGAUGCGCUUGUGCCCGUGCCAUUACGUUGCGGCGACAUCGCAGAGCCACCCUCGCCGGAACAUGAGGACGAUGUGGAGUAUAAGCUGCCUGCUGGCGUAGACCCGUUGCCGCCCUCUUGGCACUGGAGCUUGACACCCGAAGGCGACAUCUACUAUUACAAUCUGCGUGAUCGUAUUCCACAAUGGGAGCCACCGAACGCUGAACAGCGCUUGCAACAGCUGGUAGAGGCUUCACCAGAAAAGGAUCUGGUGCCGGAUGAGGCAGCCAAUUCGGCUGAUUUGAUUAAUAUUGAUAUCGACUAUGUGGGCAGCCUGAGUGCCAAAUCUCUGGCCCAGUAUAUUGAGGUAAAGAUACGCGAACGACGCGAAAUGCGGCGCAGUCGCCUCGUCUCUGUGCGCGUUAUAAGUCCACGGCGCGAGGAAGAUCGCCUCUACAACCAGCUGGAGUCACGUAAAUACAAGGAGAACAAAGAAAAGAUACGCCGACGAAAGGAAAUUUAUCGACGUACACGCAACGAGACAAAUACUAUUCAACCACCGCCUGGAGAGUCCACCGAUUCGUUACCCAUUCAUGGGUAUCUGUACUCUUCGGAUGAGGAUGGAAUCAUAGAAAACGAAACCAGUGUACCGCUACUUGAUGCUACUGUUGAUGGCGACAAGGAAUUGCCGGAAUCACAAAGUCGUCGUCGCCAAUUGCGUUCAACAUCGCCAUCAUCCACCAGUGCCACAGAAGCCACAGAGCCGUUGCCAAGCGCCAAACGCAAGCUACUCCUGACAGAGAGCCAAAAGAAGCAUAGGGACAGCAAGCGCAAGACUUUGACAAUUGGACGCGAUGCCAGCGAUAAGUUUCACUUUGAGAUUAGCGGCCAUGUGGCCGAGUUUUUGCGUCCCUAUCGCCAGGACACUUGCCAGCUGGGCCGUAUUACAAGCGAUGAAGACUACAAGUUCCUAAUUAAGCGACUGAGCCACCACAUAACCACCAAGGAGAUGCGCUACUGUGACAUGACCGGCAAUCCGUUGGCCUGCACUGAAUCGGUUAAACACAAGUCCUAUGAUUUCAUCAAACAAUAUAUGCGCAAAAAGGGGCCCGUCUACAAGAAGCCUGUCGAUAAGCCCGACUAAUCAAUAGAUUUUCCAUACAACACUAUUUUCCUUAAAGCUUUUGGCUUCUAAAUAAUAACAUAAGCAAUAUAUAGAUAUCAGUUGUAGUUAUUUUACUCUUACCUCAUUUUAGGUAAAGCAACUUUCUGUUUUUAAGUACUUAUGCAUAAAAUGUAAUCGAAUACAUAAUUUUUUUUU